UGCCGUGCCGUGCCGUGCCGUGCCGUGCCGUGCCGGUAGCCGCAGCCCAGCGCCGGCCCGGGAGCCGCGGGCGGAUGGGCUGAGCGGGGCGGGGCGCAGCAGCGGGGCCGUGCGCGGGGCCCCGGCGGCGGCCGCCGUGUGCGGGUAGUGCCGGCCCGGGGGCAGCUCCCCCGCCUCGGCUGCCACUGCCGCGAUGAGCCGCGGGCCCCCCAGCCCCCCCUCCCCAGCCCGGGGGGGGUGCCCCGGCCGGCAGCCCCGCAGCGCCGGGAGCGGGGACUUGGACGUGCUGCGCUGCCCCUCCUGCCGCCUCCUCCUCUGGGAGCCGGUGACCGUGUCCUGCGGUCACUCCUUCUGCAAGCCGUGCCUCGGGGGGGCCGUGCCCUCCCGCUGCCCCCUGUGCCGGGAGAGGCUGAAGCUGCUGGGCGUCGGGGCAGCGAGGUGCAGCGUGGUGCUCGGCGGCCUCCUGGAGAAGUGCGCGGGGCGGGAGAGCCGGCUGGCCUGGCUGGUGGCCCGUGUCCGCCACCGGCUGGCCCGCGGGGACGCGCGGGAGGCGCUGAGGAUGGCGCAGAGAGGGGUCGAGCUGGCCCCAGAUGCCAGGUCCCUGCGGCUAUGCCGGGCAGAGGCUUUCACUGCGCUGGGGCAGUACUCACAGGCGCUGGAGGACCUGGAUGCUGUGUGUAGGGCUGAGCCUGGAGAGCACGAGGCCUUCUUCAGGAAAGGAAAGGUGCUUCUGGAGAUGGGACAGAGAGCCGAAGCCCUGCUGGCGUGGGAACACUGCCUGACACUCAGUCCCCAUUUCCACCCUGCUUGGAAAGAGAUGGAGAAGAUCCUCAAGCGAGAGGAUGCUCCACAGCCACACGUGGCUGCUGCAAACCUGGGUGAUGCUCACCAGGGCUCAGCCGAUCCCCAGGUUGAUGGAGGGAGCCCUGCACUCCCAUUGUCUUCCUCCCAAGCUCAGGGUCCGGAGGGAGAGUCGACGGAUGGCAGAGGAGCCACAGGGUCUGAGCACAGCCAGGGGACAGCCACCCCUUCCCAGCCAGGGCAAGACCCGGAGACUUCGGCAGAGAGGCAGAGCUGGUGGUUGGUAGAUAAUGAAGAGGAAACGGCAGCAGCAAAGUGUACCCAGCCGUGCCUUGGGGAGCUGCUGAGCAUAUCUGACUUCGAGUGCUCCCUCUGCAUACGGAUGUUCUUUGAGCCGGUGACGACACCGUGUGGGCACACCUUCUGCAAGGAGUGCCUUGAACGCUGCCUGGACCACCGGCCCAACUGCCCCCUCUGCAAACAGAGCCUGAGAGAGUACCUGAAAGCUGGAAGCUACAGCCCCACUGUGCUGCUGCAGGACAUCAUGCUGGCCACCUUCCCCGCACAGCUGGCUGAGCGCCAGGAGCUGCACCGGGCCGAGAUGGCAGAGCUCUCUAACCUGACCAAGAACAUCCCCAUCUUCGUCUGCACGAUGUCCUUCCCAGGCAUUGCCUGCCCUCUGCACGUCUUCGAGCCUCGCUACCGCCUCAUGAUCCGGCGGUGCCAGGAGACUGGCACAAGGAGGUUCGGCAUGUGUAUAUAUGAGAAUGGGAAAAGUUUCGCUGACUACGGCUGCAUGCUGGAGAUCCGGCAGAUCGAGCUGCUGGCGGACGGGAGGUCCUUGGUGGACACCAUCGGCAGGCGGCGGUUCCGGGUGCUGAGCCGCGGACACAGGGACGGCUACAACACUGCCGACAUCGAGUACCUGGAGGACAAGAAGGUGGCCGCGGAGGAGCUGCAGGAGCUGCAGCGCCUGCACGAAAGCACCUACCGCUUGGCUCAGCAGUUCUGUGAGCACAGAGACCUUGUCUCCAGGUACAUUUUGAUGCAGCAUGGACAGCUGCCGGAGAAGGAAGAGGACAUCCAGGCUUUGGCAGAUGGCCCAACGUGGUGCUGGUGGCUCAUCUCCAUCCUGCCCCUUGACCCGUCCUACCAGCUGAACCUCUUCUCCACCACCUCCCUGCAUGCCCGCCUCACCCAGCUGCAGCGCAUCCUCACCGCCCUGCUGCAGCAGCCCCCAGGCAGGCACCCGCUGCCUGAGCGCAGCCCCCAGGGCCAUGUCUGAGCCCCCUGGCCCCUGCCCUCUCUGCAGGGGAGACCUCCACCCCCUUGGGUUUCUCUAUGUGUUGAUUCAUGGUUUUGCGAUUGGCUUAAGCCCCCCCAAAAGUGACCUCAGCGAUGAGUUGGGCACCCUCUGCCCAGCUCGUGGGGCCGGUGCUGCACCGGCAGUGACACUACGCCAUCCAUGCCACCUCCGGGAGCUGCUCGGUGACAGGGCUGUGCCAUGCCCCUGAAGGGGGGACUGGGAUGGAAAUCUGGGUUGUGUCUUGGGAACCAAAAUCACUUGCUGAGCUGCUUUGGCACUAAGGAGGAUUCUCCUUAGGGCAGAGGACCAAGUGCCAGGAUCACCUUGGUUUUGGCUCUUCUGCUUUGAAGGGGAACUUAGGGGUCUUUGGUAGAUGGUCCUGCUCUGUGCAGCAGAUUUAGAAGCUUGGGAGAGGUGGCACCGGGAGGCAGAGGGUCCCGAUGGCUUGCCUCAGCAUCGGGGGCUGACAGCUCUGCCUCUGCUUACAACUUUAACUAAAUUUCUAUUUGAAGGAGAAGAAAGGUUAAAGUAAGCAAUCUGAAACUCAUGGUCCUGCUCCUAACCACUUCCAUAGCCACACAGCAAGGAGAUGCAUGCAGGUCUGGACAUCCCUCUCCCACCGCUUUGCUCAGUGCUCUGCUGUGGUUGCUGUGCAAAGAUUGCCGGCCACUUCCCUGGGCUGGAGCUGUGCUGGAGGCUGCUGGCUGCUUUCCUGACUGCUGGCUCCACUGCCGUGAAGUCCCAUGGGAAGGGGGGGAGUUGGUAGUAUUGGUGCUUUUCUCCCCACCCAAAGGCUGCUCUUCCUGAGCCUGGCUGGGUUCAGGUUGUAGGGUAGACCUGGGGGCUGCAAGGAGCCGAUGGCACAAGGGAGUUAAGCCUGGGAGUGAAUUUUGUGAGACUUUCUGCUCCUUGGCAUGUGCAAUUUUCUCAUGUUCAGUGUUUCUUGUGAACUUUCUGCCUCCUCAGGAGAAAAUCAGGAUCUGAACUGAGGCUGGAUCCUUGCACUUGGGACCCAGAACAGUUCAGGAUCCCCCAAAAGAGCACAGAGUAAAGUCAAGGGCAGCCAGACCUCUGGAGCGGUGGGAAGGGGGUAGGACCGGUGACCGGGGCAGUGAGCCCCGUGUUAGGGGAGCAAGUGCCUAUCUGCAAGUGCCUGUCUGCUGCUUGUCUGUAGACACGGGGAAAAAGCUAUCCCCCUGGACAGACCAGGCUUUCAUCCAUGGAAAUCCUGAAGGUUUGGGGUUUUUGUCUCCCAUCCAUAAUUUCAGUGGCUUUGGGUUGAAUUUUGGGAGUGACAUCCACUUAGUCAUUGGGUUAACAUUGGUUCCUGAAUUUUAUCCCUGCUUUUCUCAAAGGCCCCACAUCCCAUGUGGGGGCUCGGUGGGCUGUUGGAUGUAUGUGAGGGAGAGAAAAUCAGGCUGGGGCUAUGGUGCUUCUUAUUGCAUGUGUUGCUGGGCUGAGCCCAGGGCAGGAGGCUCUGGACACAACUCUUGGAGAGGUCCCUGCCCAAGGUCUCCACCUUUCCCUGUUCUGCCUUCUCCAGGAGUGAGAGGUCUGGGUCAUUCCUCUCCAGCAAAGUGCCUCAUUUGCAGGGAGCAUCGUAGUGAGCGUAGGGUGGCUGAGGGCAACUCAAAAUGGAUUUGCUCCUCUACCUUUGAGCCAUGACCUCCCCCAGUUUCCUUCUGUCAUUGAGACACCGUGACUCCCCUGAGGGGCUACAUCCCUGGGGUGUCACAUAGGGGUGGGCAGGGGUAAGUGAUGGAGGGAUGCCUCACAGUCCCAGGGCACGUGCAUGCAGGUGGCAGGACGUCACUGAAGUUUGGGAAGUGCCUUUCUUUUCUGCAGGAUCAAGGUGAGCUCACCCAGUGACAACCCCACCCCCUGAGCCCCUCACUCGCCUCUGGAGUAGCCUGUUCCCCAGGUGUGGGAGCUCCCUGGACCACUGCAGGUCCCUCAGCCAGGCGGGGGCAGGGGGGGAUGCAGGGGAGAAGCGUGAGUCUUCCCAGGGGGAGAGCCAGGAACCAGAGCCACAUCUGCCUGGCUGCUUUGGGAAGGGACUUGUGCAAGCUGCUCCGGUUUGCUCGGAGCACCUUUGGAGCUUGUAUUGGUGUCUUUGCUCUUUGAAUUAAAUUUUCUUUGUGGUCAUUGAAAUAA